CAGUUUUAUAAUGUUUCAUUUUGGCGCUGCAAUUUCAUAAAUUUCUUAAUCAAGGCCAGCCACCAUCUCACCAGCUGCAGAUUUCCCGCAGCUUCUACCAAUGGAGUAAAGAAGAAUUAUACUAUAGUAUUUUUUUAAUGCUCUACUUUAUUGUUGUCACUGCACGAAAAUAGUUAGGGUUUGUCAUUGCAAAUCACCAUCAAUUCGAUCUGCUGCGUCGUUUUGAGAAUUAGCCUCGCCGCUUCCGCCAAUCCUCGCCGUUGGUGGUACGUUUGAUUUGACAAUUUUUCCCUCUGUUUGGUAAUUUGAUCGGUAUUUACUCAAUAUGCUGAAAAAUGACGCUAAGAUCAGUUAAAUUGGUAGAGUAGGGUUUUCGUCUGCUCAUUGAUGCGUUCUUAAUCGAAAUGAAGUUUAUGCAUCGGAUUCCAGUGAUUUUGGGAUGAGUAGUGUUAUCUGCUGAUUUUCGUGCAUUUUAGGUUGUGAAGGUAAAGACAGUGUAUUGCAGCUGGAGAUACUGCCUGUUAAUCGACUUGUAGACUGGCAGUUUGGUUCAUAUUGGAAGUGGAUUUUGUGAUGGACGCGUGCAUUUGUUCGUAGGAUCUCUGUUGUGUUUGUGGGAGUGACUUUUGGCUCUUGAUGUGGAGUUCUGUCCAUGUAUUCAGCUUUCAAGGAUGAAGAGGUCGAAAGGUGACUAUUCGAGUGCUAGAAGGAUCAAAUUAUCGUACAUUCUGUUGGCUGCAGCUGGGUUGUACUUGAUCCUUAUUUUCUUCAAGUUUCCUGAUUUUUUGGAGAGUGCAGCUGUUUUAAGUGGGGAUGAAAGUGCCAGUGUUUUCGAUGGAUUUUCAAUGAUGGAUGAAAAGAAUGCUGAGAUCAGUAAAUCACGUGUUAGUUCUGAUGGGUUCCACAGAAUAUUACAUGAUAAUGAAAAUCAGGAUAAUCCCCUAAAGCCAGAACAAAGCACUAUACAAAUGCAAAGAGAUCAAAAAUCGGUAACCAAGGGCUCACAGCAGCGCUAUGGUCGAAUAACUGCUGAUAUAUUGAGGCGAAUGAAUAGGACUAAAAACUUAUCUGUGAUGGAAAGAAUGGCGGACGAAGCUUGGGCAUUAGGAUUGAAGGCGUGGGAAGAGGCAAGCAAGUAUGACGAUAAAGAGAUUGACAUGAGUACUAUACUAGAAGGGAAGCCUGAGUCAUGCCCUUCUUGGGUUUCAAUGGAGGGAGAAGAAUUGGCCAAGAGGGAUUUUCUUAUGUUCCUUCCGUGUGGUCUUGCUGCAGGCUCUUCUAUCACAGUCAUUGGAACUCCACACCAAGCUCACCAGGAGUAUGUACCACAGCUUGCUAAAAGGAGGGUUGGCGAUGGAUUAGUUUUAGUAUCACAGUUCAUGGUUGAGCUGCAAGGAUUAAAGGCUGUGCAUGGGGAAGAUCCACCAAAGAUUUUGCAUUUGAAUCCUAGAUUAAGAGGUGACUGGAGUCAUCAUCAAGUAAUUGAGCACAACACGUGUUAUAGGAUGCAGUGGGGAACAGCUCAGAGGUGUGAUGGUUUGCCUUCCAAGGGUGACGAUGAUAUGCAGGUUGACGGAUACUUGCGGUGUGAAAAAUGGAUGCGCAACGAUAUAACUGACACAAAAGAGUCCAAGAUAUUUUCGUGGUUUGAGCGCUUUAUAGGGCGUGCUAAAAAACCAGAAGUAACCUGGCCAUUUCCCUUUAGAGAAGGACGGAUGUUUGUUCUUACCAUCCGUGCUGGAAUUGAUGGAUAUCAUAUAAAUGCAGGGGGGCGUCAUGUGACAUCAUUCCCAUACCGAAUGGGUUUUACACUGGAAGAUGCAACAGGGUUAGCAAUCAAGGGUAAUGUGGAUGUUCAUUCAGUAUAUGCUACCUCUCUGCCAACCUCUCAUCCAAGUUUCUCACCCCAUAGAGUAUUAGAUUUCUCUGAGAAAUGGAAAUCCCAUCACACACCCCAAGGUGGUGUUCAACUCUUUAUUGGGGUUCUUUCAGCCACCAAUCAUUUUGCUGAGCGUAUGGCAGUAAGAAUGACAUGGAUGCAAUCUAUGUCAAUCAAGACCUCUAAAGUAGCUGUUCGAUUCUUUGUUGCACUGAACACAAGGAGUGAGGUGAAUGCAGUUCUGAAGAAGGAGGCUGCUUACUUUGGUGAUGUAGAGAUUUUGCCAUUCAUGGACCGUUAUGAGCUAGUAGUUCUUAAAACUGUUGCCAUUUGUGAAUAUGGGGUUCGAAAUGCAAUGGCAGCAUAUAUUAUGAAAUGUGAUGAUGAUACUUUUAUUAGGGUCGAGAGAAUCUUAAAGGACAUCGAAGGCUUGUCACCUACAAGGCCGUUGUAUCUGGGAAAUUUGAACCUAUUGCACAGGCCUCUUAGGACAGGGAAGUGGGCAGUGUCUUAUGAGGAGUGGCCCGAAGAAAUCUAUCCACCUUAUGCCAAUGGACCUGGAUACAUAAUAUCAAGCGACAUCGCCAAUUACAUCGUCUCUCAAAGUGAAAACCAUAGCCUACGGCUAUUUAAAAUGGAGGAUGUGAGCAUGGGAAUGUGGGUCGAGCAGUUCAACAGUACGAAGCAUGUUCAAUAUUCUCAUAACUGGAAAUACUGCCAGUACGGAUGCAUGGAGAACUACCACACCGCACAUUACCAAUCCCCUAGACAAAUGGUAUGUUUAUGGGACAAUCUGAUGAAAGGGCAUCCUCAUUGCUGUAAUGUUUGACGUAGGCUGCAAAAUUUGUCUCUUCGUACAUACCUAGUCAUUGUGUAACUCUGCACUCCAUGAUUUUGUCGAUGAGGGAUGGCCUUAUGUCACACUUCUACACAAGGCCUAGGCCAGUAGAAGUCGUAUGCCAUCAUAGUAUCUGCUUGUUAACUGUUUUUAAGGUUUACCCUGAUUUUCACCGAUGCUGGAGUAAGCUGAGCUGUCCAAGCUGUAUAGGAUGGUGUAAUGUAAUGAAAGAGCACUUCCCCUCCAUGUCCAAAUUUUGUGGAACACUGAUCUUGAAAACUUGCAUAUGAAGUAGCUGUGUAGUUUUGCUGUAACAUUCUCAUUAGUUGCAACAUCUGAAGUUCACUUUAUAGUUGCAGUGUACCAAAUUACCAAUAUGGGUUUGUUUA